CAGUUCCAAACAGUGAACAAAGUUAGCAAACCGUCCAAGAUGAAUUCCUUCAAAGUCUGCAUCGCUCUUGUCCUGUUCGCCGCUCUGGCUGUUGCUGAUCCUGUGAGGAAACAGGCAGAUUUCUCAGGAUCUGGAGUUGAGGACAUUCCUGAACCAGUUGCCGUUCAACCGAGGGUCACUUGUGAUCUUCUGGGCCCAACUGGAUGGGGAGAUGCGCUCUGUGCUGCUCACUGUAUCGCAAAAGGACACUCUGGCGGAUAUUGUGACUCUCGCAAGGUCUGCACAUGCAGAUAAUAAGCCGAAGGAGCAAAUUAUUGCGCUGGAAAGUAUGUAAAAUAUGUCGAAUAAACAGUGUUGAAAGUA